CUCUAUCUCUUUUUCUAUUUAAUCUGUGCACGUUGGCUCCUUUUUAUUUCUUUGAAUAUUUUAAUUGAAGAAUAAACCAGAGUCAUGAGUAAUUCAGAAAGGAUUGAAAUUGAAGAUCGUGAAAGUUUGACGAUUGUCGACGACGAAUUAAAAAAUACAGAGAAAGAUGAAUCGAUGAUAGUAUUAAAGGACGAUAAGAUCAUUGAAGACGAAGAAAAUCGUAUUGAUACGAACGAAUCGAAGACCUAUCUGAUACCUAAUUUGAUCGAAAGUGAAUCUAAGAAAAAAAUUAUGACGGACGAAAGCGAGAACGAUAGUGAUUCGGAAGAAUAUACAUUGGUUUUUUAUGACAGUGGAUCGGACGUUCAAACGGUCAUCAAUCAGGAAGGAAUCAUCGAGGACACGUCGAAUUCUCUAACGGCACGUGAAAAUGCUGAUGAUCAAAGAAAAAUGAUUUUGGACGGUUCAAGGAUCUUUGAAAUAAAUGAUUCUACGAAUGAUCCUAUUUUAAUCGGUGACAUUUCAAACGACGUACUUUUACAAGAAAAUGACUCGAACGUAUUUAAUCGUCGAGAAAGUUUUGAGAAUCGUUCGAAUGAUCAUUUGAAAGAUGACAGUUGUGCCAGUAUAGAUUUCGGGGAAUUGGAAAAAUCUUUGAACGUUUUAGAGGUCAACGAAGAAAAAACGUCGAUAGAUUUUUCGUUUGAUUUGGAAUUGGAUAAAAUAAUUAUGGAGGAAGAGGAACAGGAAGAGGAAGAGGAAGAGGAAGAGAAACAGGAAGAGACACAGGAAGAGGAACAGGAAGAGAAAGGAGACAAUUUGAAAAGACAAAACGAUCUCGUAGAAGUUGGAAAACGAUUGGACAAACUGGCCUCUAUACUUUUUGAAAAUUCUAACGAAUUACGUUUCGAAAGUUUCGAAGAUAUGCUGUACUACCCCAACACGAAAGACGUUAUAAACAUAAUGAAUAUGGAAGGGAAAGGUUCUUCCGGUAGCGAUAAGUUCACGGAAAAGAUCGAAAAAGAUUUCUUUUCAGAUUUAUCGAUUGAACGUGUAGACGAGGAAAAUACGAAGAAGGAACAGGAAGAAUUAUUGGAAUAUUUCGAUGCUUUGGAAAUAAACGAAUCUAAUAUCGACGAAAGGGAAGAAAAAUUCGUUGAAUUAACAAAUGAUAAUAUUGUAGUAGACAUGAAAGAAAUUCAUGCUAAAAAAUUGGCUAAAUUAUUAGAUUCUACACGUUACAAAUCCGAGGUGGAGGUUAAUGAAAUUUUGAAAAAAAUCAAUGAACAAAAAAUGAAGAUAGAGAAUUUGAAAAACGAGUCAUUGAAAGAUUUAGCCAUUGAAUUUAAUCGUUUCGAAGAAUUGUUGAUUGAACAAAAGGCAAUUGCCGAAAUUGAAGAUUACGAAUUGAUCGACGUAAAUACGAAAUUGGACGUGGACGAAUUAGAAGAUAAUAUUGUUGAAAAUCAAAGAUCGGUAUGGCCGUUCAUCGAGAUGCCUUUAACGAAAAACGAAGUUACAGAAAAUUAUAGGAUAAAAAUGAUGGAGAAAGAUUUUAAAGAUAGGAUGAUAGACCUGAAAGAAAGGCUGCCCGAAAGUUCGGAAAUUUUAAAUGAAGGGGAUACUGUAUCUCAUAAUGUGAAUCUUGAAACUGUAAAGGUAGAUGAAAAGAUUAUUUUGGAUAAAACAAUUCCGAUCGAAAUAGAGAAAAUAAUUGUGAAUGAUAGCGACGAAAAAUCAUUGAUCGAAUUUAUUAAUGAAAAUUUGAUUGAUAACAUUAUCAAUUCUAAAUUAGAUUCUAUGAUUAAUGAGAAAUUUUCGAUAGACGUAUCGAGUGAUACAUUGAAAUCAAACGUCGAUUAUCCCGAUAACGAUAUCACGUUAAUAAUUAAAAAGGAAGAUACUAGUACCGAUUAUGACGAAAAUCAUGAAACUGAUAUAAUUAAGGUAACGACCGUAGAUCAUGAAUAUAAAAAAGAAUCGAUAGAUGUAAAUCGAAAUGAUAUUGAUAACAACGAUGACAUUAUAAAAACAAAUGUAACAUGUAAUAAAAUAUCGGAAGACAUUGUUCAAAUGGAAAUUAUUGAUGAUUUAUCAUCGUCGAAUGAAAAUUCACAAGGUCCAACGGAUGAUAAAACCAUUGAUAAAGUUGAUUCCAACGAAUCACUUUUCGCUUAUUUAAAGGAAAAAGAGAAUAGGCCAUACAUCAAAGGCAAAGUUUAUGAUUACGAUGAAAAAAAACAUGGCGUAAGAAUGACGGAGCAGUUUAUCAAGAAACAUUGUAAAGAACAUAAGCUUUAUCAGACUCCUUGGUUGAACGACGUCUUAUAUCUACAUUACAAAGGCUUCUCGUUUAUCGAAAAUCUGGAAAAGUACACGGGUUUGAAGACACUUUGGUUGGAGAACAAUGGUAUUCGUGAAAUCGCAAAUUUAGAGAAUCAAAGUGAACUUAGAUGUCUGUAUCUUCAUCACAAUAUAAUUAGCAAAAUUGAAAAUUUGGAAUACCUGACAAAAUUGGACACAUUGAACUUGUCCUAUAAUAUGAUAACGAAAAUUGAAAAUCUUGACAGUCUGAAGUUCUUAAAUACGUUGAAUUUGUCUUAUAAUUAUUUACAAAGUAGUACGGACAUCGAGCAUCUCCGAUUGUUGGAAUAUCUAUCGAUUUUGGAUAUAUCUCAUAAUCGAAUAGAUACAUUCGAUAUCGUCGAUAUUCUCGGUGACAUGAAAUCUUUAAGAGUAAUUACUUUGACCGGUAAUCCUGUCUUAAAGAAUAUCAAAAUGUAUCGAAAGACGAUGAUUUUAAAGUGUAAGAAUCUUCAUUAUCUGGACGACAGGCCGGUCUUUCCACGUGAUCGUGCUUGUGCCGAAGCAUGGAUGCGAGGUGGUCCGAAAGAAGAGGCAGCCGAAAGACAACGAUGGAUUGAGGCAGAACAGAAGAAGAUCAACGAUAGUGUUAUGGAGUUGAUAAACAAAAGAAAGCUUCGCAAACCGGUCGGUAGGCCCGAAAGGGAAGCGGAGAUAACUAAUAAGAAGAAAACGAAUCAACAGGACGACGAAGAAGUCGACAGGGAGAAGUCGCCGAUGUGUACGAGCAAGGAACUGCUUAAGCUGGAAGGGAAGAAAAAGUUGAGCGUCUCAUCAUCUUCGUCUUCUUCUUCGUCCUCAUCUUCCCCCACUUAUUCCGAUGCCGAGCUGGAAAACGACGAAGAAAAUAAAAACGGCCGACAAAAAGUAAUCGAGGAAAGUGACGGAAACAGGCCAUUGGCGGAGGAAGAGAAAAAUGCACAACGUAAUCUCAUCGUACCCUGGAAAACUACUCGGAUCAUCGAUAAAGAUCAAAAUCGAGAAAUGAAUUGUGAGGAGGAAGAAACUUUGCGAUCGAAGGAUUACGUUGCCGGUGAUGCUGAGAAAAAGAGAUUAGGCAAACAAGUUUUGAAUGAACGUAAAAGUCUUGAGGAUCCUCUAGGUGGUUACGCUUUGGGUAGAGAGGUCACGGAUUAUGCGAAAAUUAUUCUAAAAACAACGGUGGAUAAAACGAACGAGGAGCAACAGCCUUGUAUAUCCGACAAAAAGGAACCUAAACUUGAUAAUAAUGAAAAUGAAAAUAUUCGAGACACGUUACCUGAUGACGCUGCUGCUUUUAACGCAUCCUACGAUGUUUCAAAAUAUUCCAACGUAGGAAAUUAUCAAAGAAAAAAUAAUAAAAAUCCAUUGACAGAAAAAUUAAAUAGCAUUCGUCAAGGUAUGAAAGAUUUUUGCACAAACGUCGAUAAAUUCGUCGAGGAGAACAAUAUCGUAAUCAAAAAUGGAAACGUCGAAGGAUUUUGGAAAGACGAUAAUAUUAAUAAAAACAACGAUAAUCCAUCCGUGAGUGUACAACAUCAGUCUGAUAACGAGAAUGAUUCUAAUAAAGAAAUAUUCGAAGGAUGUUCUAUCGACGAAAAUAGUAAUACAAAAGUGAAAGAGACAUUAUCGAAUGAAUUAAUUAACUUGAUAGACGAAAAUCAAAAAAUUGUUGAAUUAAAUAUCGAUAAAGAUCGGAAUAAUGAUAAUGAAAAUGAUAAUAAAAAUGAUAAUAAAAAUGAUAAUAAAAAUGAUAAUAAAAAUGAUUCGUCAGAAUCCGAGAGUGUAUAUGAUUUAUUGUCUUUAAAAGUUUCACCUAAAAUCUUAUUAAAUACCGAUACAACGAAAUCGUCCGACGAGAUGAGAGACGAGAACAAUAAAAAUAUUAAUUGUAUGAAAUUAAUUUCUACGGAAAAUGAUAAAAUUAUUACGAUCGAAGAUAAAGAUUUAACGUUAGAAAAAUCUAACGUUUCUUUGGCCGUAAAAUGUAAGGAACAUUUGAUGAAACAGGCUAAGACAUUUAUUCAAAAGAAAUCACCAUUGCUCGAGGAAUGUAUCGAUAAAUUGAUUAACGAUAAUGAACAAGACGAUAAUAAUCGUAAAAAACGUUGGAAUUCUUGGUACAAUGAUUCCCUUUCUAAUCCAAGAUCAGUUUUCACUGAAGCUUUCGAGGAUUUUUAUAAAACAAAAUCUCCGAUUGAUAAAAAUAUUGGCAUGAACGUUGACACGAGAAUACGAUCGCAUUACAGAGAUGUUUCAGGUGAUAUUCCAAAAUCUGAUCUAUGUGCUAUUGCCGAUCUCGUUAAAAGAUCCGAGAACGAUGGAAGAAGGUACGAUCAUGCGAAUCUUUACAAAGAAUUUUGCGAACAUUAUGAGGAAUUGCAAAGUAAACAAAGGUAUGCCAUAAUACCGGAUUUUUUAAAGAACGAAAAGGACGAUAAGGAACUCGUACGAUCUGACGAUCGAACUGAUGAAAAUUCGAUUGAUAAAAGGGCAUUGAUCGAAGAUAUUACGGAACAAUCGACGAAUUUAUUCGAGCUCGAGGAUAAAAAGAAUUUUGAAGAAAUGUGAACAAUUUUCGCGUUUUUUUUUUUUUUCUCUUUUUUCUUGUUUCGCUUCGCUUUUUUCUCUCCUUUUGCUUUAAUCAAUUAUAUCUC